CGCGGAGACGUUAGAAACUUUGUUGUUGUUGGAAACUUUGUUGUUUCCCUGUUUUUGGCUCACUUUCACACUGUUCAACGGCCUGCUGCGUUGUUUAUAUGUGCCUUCAAAAUUUACCAGGUGCUCUCGUCUUUGUUUAUUUAGUGAAAUCACUGCAACACCUGUCUUCACAUAGUCCAGUAGCCAACGAACUUUAACUGACAACAUCCAGGCAUAUGGUGAUGUAUGAAGGCAGCGGGUCACCAAUCACCUUUCUUCCACUCUUUUAUUGUGAUCAGGCCAUGAAGGAUUGCCAGUUUUUUGAGAAAGAAAAUGAGUUUCGGGGCGAGCUGGUGAACCAGCGGUGGACACGAGGCGAGAGGACCAGCAGCCGCUGUCAGGCCUCCCUGAGACUGCAGAGCCGUCGACCAAUCAUGAUGAGUGUAGAAAGUGAUGACAAGCGGACUCGCACUCGUUCGAAGGGAAUCAGAGUUCCCAUUGAGCUCAUUGGACACGAGCUGAGCUGCCCCACACCUGGAUGCAAUGGCUCCGGCCAUAUCAGUGGGAGAUACUCACGACACAGAAGCAUUCUGGGCUGCCCCAUAGCCAGAAAGCGCCGCCUAGAGGAGGCAGAGGCAGAACAGGAACAGGAACAGGAACAGGAAACAGAGCGUCCAGCAUCCAAGAGGAAGUCCCAUCCCUUGAAAUUAGCUCUCGACGAGGGCUUCAGUGCAGAAAGUGAUGCCAGUAGUGAGGCUGACGGAGAGGGUGACAGGGAUGGAGAGAACGGAGGCCAGACCAUGGAAAAUGAGGAUCUGGAUGCUGUUGCAGAGGAAGAGAGGAUGACCAUGGAAGACCUGAUAGAUGAAGGACAAAUGAAUAGAAAGGUAGAAGCGACACAGAGUCAACAUAAGACGGAAGAGGAGAGGGAAGAAGAAAGCAAUCAGAAGGACAUAUCUGCAUCCGAUGAAGAAGAAGAGUGUGUCAUCAUUGAGCCUCCAGUGACGCAGGAAUGUCAGUCCUCUUCUGAGAAUGCUGAAGAAGUUGCCAGCUCUCUACUCCAUCUCGGCGAAGUCCCUGCUACCAGCAACAACAAUGAUGCUCCAUCUGUGGCUGCCCCGCCACCUGUUGCUAUGGAGACUGAGAGGGAUGUCACGGUGGCUGCUGAACAGGGUGAAAAAGUAGAGGAGCAAAAUGGGGAUAUGGCAGAAACAGAGGAAGGAGUGGUUGGUCCUGACAUGGAAGAGGAAACUGAAGGAGUAGAGGAGGAUGACAGAGGAGAGCUUGACGAUCUCACCAAGGACGUCCACCAUGAUCCCAUACCAGAUGAAGAAGAAGAAGAGACAGCAGUGCCAGCACAGCAGAGGUCGAUCACUCCAAAAGAGGAGAAGGAUGAGGAGGUGAACCCCAAUGUGCCAACUGCUGUCCGCACCAUCACCAGCAUCACAGCAGCUCAGGGAACACACAUCAAGACUGAAGACCACAGGGUCAGUCCUCUGGAGGACUACAAUUCCAAUGAAGAUUAUAGCAUGACUAGGACCAGUCCACUUGAAAUAAAUGACUCUCAUAAACUAAGCGCACUUCAAAACUACAAGGCCAGCCCUCUUUUAAAAUACAUCUCCCACAUGGUCAGUCCUCUUGAGGACUACUCACCAAACAGCAGAGGUGACAACUUCCAAAUUCACAAAAUCUCGCCGUCUACGUCUCCUGAAAUUAUUGAGGUACAUUCCGACAAGUCAGAGGAGAAAGACUUUGAUGACGUCGACGGCGAUGAUGAGCGUGACGACGAGGACAGCCUCUCCCAACGCUCCACAAUCACAGACGAGUCUGAGAUGUUCGACAUGACACGAGGCAACCUGGGCCUUCUCGAGCAAGCCAUUGCCCUCAAAGCAGAGCAAGUGAAGCCGGCCGGGCCCAGGGAGCUGCUGGGUGUGCCCAAUAUCCAACACCAGAGAUACUUCACCAUGGAAGACCGCCCCAAGCACCUUGAUGUCAUCAGAAAGAGCUACUUUAAAGAGAGUAGUAGGCCAGAGAAGAGAGAGAUCAAGUGUCCCACCCCAGGGUGUGACGGGACAGGUCAUGUGACCGGCCUUUACCCCCACCACCGUAGCCUGUCAGGCUGUCCUCACAAGGACAGGAUCCCCCCUGAAAUUCUGGCCAUGCAUGAGAAUGUGCUGAAGUGUCCAACUCCUGGCUGCACCGGUCAGGGCCAUGUUAACAGCAACCGUAACACACACCGCAGUCUUUCGGGAUGUCCCAUUGCGGCGGCGGAGAAGCUGUCCAAGAACCAUGACAAGCAGCUCUCUCAACCUGGCAGCGACCUCCUCAAAGGCAGUCCCAAUGACAGAGUGCUGAGGCCCAUGUGCUUCGUGAAACAGCUGGAGGUGCCCCAGUAUGGCUACAAGCCUAACGUGGCACCAACAACACCCCGUGCCAAUCUGGCCAAGGAGCUGGAGAAGUAUUCCAAGGUGUCUUUUGAUUAUGCAAGCUUUGACGCUCAAGUGUUCGGGAAGCGCAUGCUUGCGCCGAAGAUGCCUUCCAGCGAAACCUCACCCAAAGCCUUCAAAACUAAGCCGUCAUUCCCCAGGUCAUCAUCGCCCACCCUCAGCCUCCAUGGUUACGGCAAGCCCUCCUCCAUGGCCUAUGACUACUCCCAUGAUGCCGAGGCCGCCCACAUGGCUGCUACCGCUAUCCUCAACCUGUCUACACGGUGCUGGGAGAAGCCCGAGAACCUUAGCACCAAACUGCAAACGAAGGAAAUGGAUAUAGAGGUAGAUGAGAAUGGUACUCUGGACCUGAGUAUGAAGAAGCCCAUCAAACGUGAAGGCAGCCUGUCUGGCACCAGCCCAGGGGUUCGGUCCCCAGACCCGUCUUCUUCCUCCUCUUCCUCUCUGCAUCACAGUGGAAGCAGCGGGAUGACAUCACCAAACUUACAGAACUACAAGCAGGAGGAGUGGGAGGGGCCUCUGGAUUUCACCAAACACAACCGCCAAAGGGAGGAGGAAAUGGAUGAGAUGGAUCACGCCGGACAGUCAUACGUGUCAUCUGACCCAGAGGACAGCGACAUGAUGCAGGACUGUAUGGAGGACAGGAAGUACCCUGGAGAAGUCACCACCCCAAGCUUCAAGGUCAAAUUCCAGCCCAAGGACACCAAGAAGGAGCUGCUAUCAUGCCCAACACCUGGCUGUGAUGGCAGUGGCCACAUCACCGGGAACUACGCAUCCCAUCGCAGUCUAUCUGGGUGUCCUCUUGCUGAUAAGAGUCUCCGGUCCCUCAUGGCGGCCCACACCCCUGAACUCAAAUGUCCCACCCCAGGAUGUGACGGCUCGGGUCAUAUCACAGGAAACUACGCUUCCCAUAGAAGUCUCUCUGGGUGCCCACGUGCCAAGAAAAGUGGAAUUAAAACUCCUACCAAGGACAACCAGGAGGACUCGGAGCUUUUAAAAUGUCCCGUGCCGGGCUGUGACAGCCUGGGCCACAUUAGCGGCAAGUACGCCACGCACCGUAGCGCCUACGGGUGCCCGUUGGCAGCCCGAAGGCAGAAAGAGGGUCUCCUUAAUGGAACACCCUUCAAUUGGAAAGCCUUCAAGACAGAGGGACCCACAUGUCCGACUCCAGGCUGUGACGGUUCCGGACACGCUAACGGCAGCUUCCUCACACAUCGAAGCCUCUCAGGAUGCCCCAGAGCUUUGUAUGCCAAGAAAAAGGCCAAGUUUCCCACAGAGGAUUAUCUCAGCGCCAAGUUCAGAGCCAGUGAUGUUCUUGACAGCGAUGAGGACAUCAAGCAGCUCAACAAAGAGAUUAAUGACCUCAAUGAGUCCAACAACGAAAUGGAAGCCGACAUGGUCAACCUGCAGACUCAGAUCACCUCAAUGGAGAAGAACCUGAAGAGCAUCGAACAUGAGAACAAGAUGAUCGAGGAGCAGAACGAGGCUCUGUUCAUGGAGCUGUCUGGUCUCAGUCGGGCCCUGAUCCGCAGCUUGGCCAACAUACGCCUGCCGCACUUGCAGGAGCCCAUCACGGAGCAGAACUUCGACAGCUACGUGAGCACCUUGACUGACAUGUACACCAACAAAGACCGCUUCCAGAGCCCUGAGAACAAGGCUCUACUGGAGAGUAUCAACAAAGCUGUGAAGGGCAUCAAAGUCUGAAACACAAAAGAAGAGUGAAAGCUGUCCUAAAAAAAAAAAAAGCAUGACAAGAGUCGCAGGGAUGUUGAAAUACAUAUAAUACAUGUAAUUCAAAAACAACAAAAAAAAGGGAAUUCAGGUUAUUUUAAUACACACAACCCAGGGAGCAAUCUGUCAGAAGAAAAAAGUGACGCGGACCAAAACCCCCCAUCAUGCUGCUUCUUGGGAUCAGUGAGGAUGUAUGAAGAAGAAAGAAGUGGAUAUAAAGACGACUAAGGCGCUUGGUAUGCUGUAUGUUUACUCAUGUCUCCUGUGUGUCCUGGGACGUGUUUGAGGACAAUGUCACUGUUGCCCGGAUGAUUUUUUUUUUUUCCUUUUUCACCUUAUUGGAGGAUGACACACUUGGACAAAAAAAAAGAGGAAGACGCUGAGCGUUAGUUCUGUAGCAUUCACUGUGGCUAGUGCGUGUGUGUGUUCACCAGCUCUUAACAACCCUGCGACCACACACACACACACGUACACACACACACACACACACACCCCAGCAAUAUGAAGCAUGCACUAAACGGAAUGUGUUUGCUUUGCAAAAGUCAACGGCGCAAUGUUUUUGUGUAAAAUGGCGAGCUCAUCCAGGACCAGCAGAGGGUUGUUGUGUUCAUCCCGAUUCCAUGUUUUUGAAAACGCAAGCGGAUAAACCUUUUUUUUUUUAAUUUGUUUAUUGACAGACAUGCACCUCGUCAUAGCGUGCACACUUGAGUUAGUCAUAUCAAUAGUAUUUAUAUCCACAUAGGAAUUGCACUUGCUUUCAAAGAAUAGUUUUGUGGUACAAUAAUUGUUAUAUAUGAAUUAUUUAAAUUUGUGAACAUUUCAAUUGUAACUUAUUGACAUUUAUGUUAUUGAGGUUUAUUUAUUUGAAACAAUUUAUUUAUUGACUUUGUAACACACACACACAAAAAUGCAUCUUUACUGAUUUAAUAUGGAAACAAUUCAUAUGUUGAGAUUCUAUAUUGUAUUUUCCUUUUUGAGUACUUUUUAAAACAAAUGUUUUAUAAAAAAAAAAAUUGGGGGAUAUUUUUUGCAAAUGCGCUUGUUUUUUUUUUUGUUUUUUUUGUGACUGGUACGGUUAAAAACUCACUACUGAAAAAAAAGUAAGAAAAUGUGUAUUUAUUAUUUAUUUAAUAUGAAAGAAAUUGACUGAUGGCUGUAUAUUUAUUUUGUUAUUUAUGUGCGUGAUGUGACGAUGAUGAGUCUGAGUAGUCUUAAAAGAUCCACUGCUAAUAUUUAAAUAAAGAAGAUCAGCACAGAUAUUGUUUUGAUUACUUAGGCCAAUAUGCAUAGUUCUACCAGCAGCUGAUUGGAAAGACUGAAAGCAAUCACUGUUGUGUUGCUACAUUUGUUCUUUGUAUUGUUUAAUCCAGCUCAUGUUUGCUCUGUGGCAGAAAAAAAAACCAAGGAAAUUCAACAAAAAAGUGACCUCCCCCAAGCAUAGUGUAGCAAACCUCUGUAAUGUAUUUCAUUUGUAUGUAUAUUUUUAUUUCCAGUCCAAUGAUACAUUUAUGGGGCUUAACUAUUCAGUUGGCUUUCAAACAAACACACACACACACACAUAUACAUGCAUGCAUACACAAACUGUAGGAUGGCUUCGUUUGACAAAAACACACACCCUUGUAGCCUUACUGUAGAAAUUUAAUUUUUUGAUGCACAAAGUGCCACUAAAAACAAAGGAAAAAAAAAACUCUCUUUAUUUCCUGAUUCUUGGCAUUUCUGCAAUGUUCCAAUGUCUGGUCCCGGGAAGACCACAGCAUCAAGAGAGUGGUGAUUGUUUCAGAUGCCUUUAUUUCUCUGCCAAGAUGGCCAUAAGUACACUAUAUAUUCAUUCUGUAUAAAUAGAUUUUAAAGAUACUAUAUAUAAGAAUAUAAACAUACAUAUAUUUUUCCAGUGUAAUUGUGGACUUGCUCUUCUAACUCCUUAUCAAAAGCAUCGCUAGUCUUAGAAGGGAUGCGAGGGCUGUUACCAAUCGGAGGCAGUUACACUAAGACCUGCUCAACUGUGGCUUUAAAACAGAAGGCAAGUAGGCAAAUGUUAAAUGCUACAUUCACUGUUUUAUUUCAUUUGUUUUGUCCUUAAUGCAGAAAUCCCAAUACAUCAAUCUGAGAUGCUUGGCUCUUUAUUUGUAAGUGUCAUGUGAGUAGAGUUAAAAAAGACUAAAAAAAUCUGAAAAAAAAUGAUGGCUCUGAAUAAUGUUCUGCACAUCGUGUUUGGCUACAUUGUGCAGUUAUAUUGUAUUGUUACUGCUCAACACCAGCUGGUCCUCUUCACUCAAUUAGGAGACUUUAAGUGUUAAAACCUGCCUUUUGAGUGGCUACUGUGGUGUCGAGUUUGAUCCCCGUGUGUAAUUCUAAUGUCCAAGGCAUGUUGUCUGUGUGCUUCUUAUGAAACUUCUUAUGUGCACUUUCUUUAAAAAACAUUGAAAAUGCCAGCAUAAGGAGAGUCCUCCUUGAUUUUGUGGCCUGUUCUGUCAAACAAAAGCCCCCCCUUCUAAAAAAAAAAACAAAAACAAUAAUAGAAAUACAGAUUGGCAGCUAACAGGUCAGCGGUCGGCUGAAUUGUGUGUGGGAGUUGGACAUUGAUUUGCCAGUCUACACAAUCUCUCUUGGAAGUGUUGCAUAAAUAUAUGUCCAUCACUCCAAAGAAUGUCAAAAAGCGUUUUUUGAGUACUCCUUCCAUGCCCCCCCUCCCCCCCUCCCCUUCUCCACGUCUUGUGUAACCUUUCCUCAGGAAAGCAUUUGGUUAACAAAGUAGCAUAUUCUCUCUCUCUUUCUUUCUCUUUUGAAAUGCACGACAACACCAUCCAAGACUGUGAAUAUUCUAACUUAUUUGAUAUGGCAUGACCCCUUUUAAACUGCUUGAUGAAAAUGUCUAGCGAGAUAUGUAAAUGAUUAUCACAGAGGCCGUAAAAGCGGAGCAUUUUCCAAAAAAAAUAUGUCAGAUGAGUUAGGAACGGUAGCCUAAGGGUGAUGCUUCUGUGCCCACACUGUGUUUUCUUAUUUACAUAAAAUGGCCAAGUGAUGGGAGUCAGGAGCUGCAUUAUUCUUAUUGUUGUAAAUGUGGGAAAAGUCAUUAAAAAAAAACAUUAAAUUAAAACGCAGUCGGGACCCAGCAUUUCCCAUAUGGAAUUUAUUUGACAUUAUUUGUGUCACUUUCAGGGAAAACCAGCCCGCACCAAAAUCCAGAAGAAAUAAAAGGGCACACGUUUGAAUCCCGGUUUGAUGUGUGUCAAUUUCCAUCAAGCUGACUAAAACCAAAAGACACCAAACCCCCCCGCAUCCCAACUCCAACGCUGUAGUUUCAAGCUGUGUGGUCUUAUAUCAUGUGUGCCUUUCUCAUGCCACUCAUUCAAAAAAAAAAAAAAAAAAAAAAAAAAAAAACAGAUGCUAUGUUUACACUGCUUCAAAAACAGUUUGGACUGGAGAGGAAGUACUACUAUAACAUGAGUUUGGGGAAAUAAAUAAGACUCUUUUUCUUAAAGAGAUACAAACAGGCAACAAAGAAACUGUGAUUUCAUUCAGUUGAUUCAGGUACCAAACUGCAUGGACAUUCUCUGUGAAGGGAAAGAAAAAAAAAAUAAAGAAAAAAAAUACCCCCCCUCCCCGCCCCCCUAGAUACUGCAUCAAUGUGCAGGGCAUUAUUUUGAAAGUCUCUGUACAUAUUUCUAUUAAGAGCAAACAGUGUUCUAGUUGUUGUAUUGAAAACUAUUUGAAAAUGGUUUUAAAAACAAAAGAAAAUGCAUCCACAGCCAAGGUUUGUCCUGCUAGCGCAUUUUUACAGAGAUGAGCUAUUUUUACUGCUGAUUUUCUAGGCAUUGAUAUUGAUAUCCUUUUAAAAUAAGUGCAAAACUUCCAAACUUACAAUCACUUCCACAAUGAUAGAUUGUAUGGUAUUUUUUGUUACUUUUGUAGAUGUGGUUGUUACUUUGCUACUGCACCAUUUUUGUAAAGCGGGACAGGCCUUGGCUGUGUGUCCUCGGGUCUUUUUUUUUUUUUUCUUUAUUGUCUCAACAAUAUGAUUGCCUUUUAUUUUUUAUUUUUUGGAAAGUAAGACGCUGUAGUUUGGCCGAAUUUGUGACUGUGUGUUUGUGUACUCGUGUACAUGUUCCCCUGUUCCUGUGUCAGUGUUCUAACCCAGAGAAGUGAUGUCAGUUAUUGUGGGCGUAUGAAUCCUUUCAAUGUUCUCUAUGAAACACGCAAAUAAAGUAUCAUAGACAAGGACUACUCCGUCCUAUCAGUGGUUUUUGAGUGCUUGUGUUGGUAUUUGAAGAAAGCAUAUGUUUUUUGGUCAUUUUGGACUUUUGUCAUUCGUUUUUUAGUUGCUACUUUCUCCAAAUUAGAUGAAACAUUAGACGACUUCUCGAGAAAAUGUCUGACUUUUCAUGCUGUAAUGUAGUAAACAACAUACGCAAAGGGAGGGGUAAUGUCCUGUGCUGGACAGAGACAAUGUUCGUCAGACUCACAUGCCCAAACACAAACGUUUUCAUGCGCAAGGACAUAUUAUAGGUUAAUCAUACAUGGAAGUGGACUUGUUUUGGAGACGAGGCC